GGCGUAAUCUCUCCCUCCCUCUCUCCGGUUCUAAUGGCCGCCAUUGCAGAAUCUGUGGAGAAUGAUGCCGUUCCCUCCCCGGAGAACGAGAACCUUACUCGGGAUGAGACCAGUCAUUCCGCCGUAUUAAAUGGAAACCCUAGCGCCAACGCCGAAUCUGGUCAGCAGGAUGAGAACUUGGCUGCCAGAACUGCCGAGGGAGCAGUCUCCGGCAUUGAUGGGUCGGCGGAGAAGUGGCCGGGCUGGCCGGGAGACUGCGUAUUCCGUCUGAUCGUUCCGGUGACCAAGGUCGGCGCCAUUAUUGGACGAAAAGGAGACAUAAUCAAGAAGAUGAGCGAGGAGACUGGUGCUCGUAUCAAAGUUCUUGAUGGUCCCAUUACGACUCAUGAUCGCGUCGUGCUUAUAUCUGGAAAGGAAGAACCGGAAGCUUCAUUGUCCCCUGCAAUGGAUGCAGCCCUUAGGGUGUUCAGGCGAGUUUCAGGCUUGCCUGAUGAUGAUGAUAAUGAUGAUGUGAAAACAGCUGGAGUCGGCUUCUGUUCAUUGCGAUUAUUGGUGGGAUCUUCUCAGGCUAUAAACUUGAUUGGAAAACAGGGCUCUUUAAUCAAAUCCAUAGUAGAGAACUCUGGCGCAUUUGUUCGUGUAUUACCCGAAGAGGAUAAUCCAUUUUAUGCUUCGGAGGAUGAACGGAUAGUAGAGUUGCAGGGAGAGGGAUCUAAGGUCCUAAAGGCCUUAGAAGCCGUUGUGGGUCAACUAAGAAAAUUUCUAGUUCACCACACUGUUGUUCCUCUCUUUGAGAAGCAAUAUCUGGCUAGAGCCUCUCAAGGUCGUCAGUCAGAAAUGUUAGUUAACAAGCCAUCUCUAAGAUCUAGUUCACAAAGUAUGAUCGAAUCUGAUUUUUCCCUGUUGGCACGGAGGGAACCUCUGUUUCUUGAGCCUGAAUCACGAAUUCAGCCGCCAGGAGUUUCUAUUUGUAGUCAAGAUCGUGUACUCUCAGCCAGACAUUCUCCAGGACUUGGUCGGGUUUCUACUGCUUCAUUUGUAACACAGGUCGCUCAAACUAUGCAAAUACCAUUCUCGUAUGCGGAGGAUAUCAUUGGAGUGGAAGGAGCUAAUAUUGCAUACAUCCGUCGAAUAAGUGGAGCCACUAUAUCCAUACAAGAGAGCCCACAUCGUGAUGAAAUCACUGUAGAAAUCAAGGGAACUUCUACACAAGUUCAAAUUGCUCAACAGCAAAUUGAAGAAUUCAUCAGUAAUCACAAGGAGACAGUUACGGGUGGGUAUGAUAGGAGCGAGACCGGCUACUUGCCCACAUAUCCUCAGCUUAGCAGCCGCAACGAGCCACUUUCGAGCGGCUACUCGGAAACCGGCUACAGACCGACGUACUCUCAACUGAGUGGUAGCUCGUACAUGCCGUCGGGGUCAGGCUCUGGCUCUGGCCAAACCUACGGUUCGGAGCACAGAGCUUCUUCUGAUGUUGGUGGUGGUUACACAAAUUUCAAGCUUUAACUCCUUGGCUGUUUUUUUUUUUCUGAAGAUGAGACUAUAAGAACAUGAGAACAGUGAUGUAGGUGAAUGUGUAAAGUAAAUCUAGUGUCGAUUAGUUUUUACACGUCUCUCUGUGGUCUUGUAAUGUCUUCAUCGUCUCCCUCCCAUAGUGUUGGAACUUGGUCCUUGUUGAAUCC